AUGGAAGGCGCAACUUCAAAAUGCAAUGAAUCCAAACAGCUGGUAGUGGUUGAUUUCACUGCCUCAUGGUGUGAACCCUGCCGUUUUAUUUCACCCUUUCUGGCUGAACUGGCCAAGAAGUUUCCUAAUGUCAUGUUUCUCAAGGUGGAUGUGGAUGAAUUGAAGGAAGUUGCUGCUGAAUGGGGUGUGGAGGCAAUGCCAAGUUUCUUGUUCAUCAAGGAAGGAAAGGAAGCUGGCAGAGUGGUUGGUGCUAAGAAAGAAGAGCUUCAGCAGGCUGUGACUAAACAUAUGACUCCUGCUUUUGCUUCUGCUUGAUGGGAGGUGAUUAUUA